UCCCCAUAUCAAAACCCCAAGCAAGACCCACAUUCCAACUCUCUCCUUCUGCCUCAAUCUCAGCUCUUCUCUCUCUACCUUCUUCGGAUCUUCUUCUGCCAAAGGUUCUGUAAAUUAAUAGCACAGCUUUGUUUUAAGUUUGGAGACUGGUCUCCUUGUUUUUUGGAUACGAGGCUGGUCGACAAUUUCAUUUUUCUUGAGAAGUGCAGAAGAAGUUCCAAAUUAGUUAAGCAUCGUAUACAUGGCUCCUGUUUCAUUGCCUCCCGGUUUUCGCUUCCAUCCAACUGAUGAAGAACUUGUCGCAUAUUAUCUCAAGAGAAAGAUCAAUGGCAGAAAGAUUGAACUGGAGAUCAUCCCCGAGGUUGAUCUCUACAAGUGCGAGCCAUGGGACUUACCUGGAAAAUCAUUACUACCAAGCAAAGAUCUUGAGUGGUAUUUCUUUAGUCCCCGAGAUCGGAAGUACCCCAAUGGAUCAAGGACCAACCGUGCUACUAAAGCAGGAUAUUGGAAGGCCACAGGCAAGGAUCGGAAAGUGAACUCCCAGAGGCGUGCUGUGGGCAUGAAGAAAACCUUAGUUUACUACCGAGGGAGAGCUCCGCAUGGUGCUAGAACUGAUUGGGUUAUGCAUGAAUAUCGGCUAGAUGAGAGAGAAUGUGAAAUUGUCUCAGGCUUACAGGACGCUUAUGCUCUGUGCCGUGUGUUCAAGAAGACUGCAAGUGGCCCUAAGAUUGGAGAGCAUUAUGCUACCACAACUACCAACCAAAUGUCUAGUGAUCACUCAUCUAGCAUGGAACUGUAUUCUGAGGGAAGAUGUGAAGAUUUGGAGAGCUCUGAUUACCCAAUCUCAUUAGACACAUGUUCACCAAGUCUCAUGAAUGGACCCUCAUCCGAUAUCAAUGUAACAAGAGACGGGAAGUGGAUGCAGUUCUUAUCAGAUGAAGCAUUCUACUUUCCUACGCCAUCACUGCCAAAUUAUGGAACCAUGUCAUACCCUCCAUCGAAGGUGGACGUAGCAUUGGAGUGUGCAAGGUUGCAGCAUCGAUUCUCACUGCCUCCCUUAGAGGUGGAAGACUUCCCCCAAGUUGGAGUCACCAAUUUUAAAGCUCCCCAACCAGCUUCCAUUUGUGGAAGCACAGAAGCAGACAUUUUGCAGGAAAUUCUUUCAGUUGCCCAUGCUUCUCAGGAACUAAUAAAUCAAUCCAGCGUCCCAAAUCUUUGGGAUGAAAAUUAUGCUGCCGAUGAUGAUUUUACAUUUAUGACGGGCAAGGAAACUUAUUACAAUCAAUUUAACAACAUGAAUUCUUUGAGACUUAUAGACAAAUCAUGGGAACAUCAAAAUACUAGCUCUAUAGAGAUCGGGCAUCUGGAUGAAGAUUUCAAGACUUCUGAGAGGAUGGUGGAGAACCUGAGAUGGGUAGGAAUGUCAAACAAAGAUCUGACUGAGAACUUUAUCGAGGAACACAAGAUUGUUCCAAUAGAACAUAUUUCCAGUUUCCAAAGCAAGCUAGAGCAUGAGACUCAAGGAGAAACUGAUAGUCGUGAAAACUUGAAGGAGCUCAACGACAGCGAGCUAAACGAUUUCCCUCUUGGGUUCAUGAAUGAUGAUCCAAACGAGAACUUCAUAGAAGAUGGCAAUGAAGACGAUUUUUCCAAUACUCAGUCCUUUGAAGUUUUCGAGAAAAUUGAAGUCAACCACGGGAUGUUUGUUUCAACUCGCCAGGUAGCUGAAACAUUCUUUCACCAAAUUGAGCCUUCACAAACAGUUAAGGUGCACCUAAACCCGGUGAUUACCAAUAACUUGUCAAUAGAAAACUCUGGUACACAGAUAAGAUCCAAGAGUGGAAGUUCUUUCUUUAGGAAGUUCAAGGCUUUUGGAAGGGGAAAGUUCAUUGGAAUCACCAAAUCCAUAGAACCAUGUAGGAACAUAGCGAAUACCAUCACUGGUAUAGUUGCAUUUCUGUUGACAUGUUGUGUUUAUCUCGGGGAAAACCCGGAAGGUGAGAAGUUGAUGGAUUAUUUCCCUGAAACUAGAGAGGUGGUGAAACAAGGUGAGGAAGGUUUCUCUUUCAGUAUCAGGACAGUGAAAAUAGCUGGAAAAACCGAGUGCAUUGACGAGAAGGAGAAUGUUUGGUUCAUUAAGAUAAGAGGAAGCUACAUUUUCAGUGCGCUUUUGAAGAAGAUGGGGCCUCUCCUCACCAUUGCUUUGGCUCUUUGUAGCAUUUGGGCUCACCAUAUUUUACCUUCUUGACUCAGUGAUAUGUUUUACUUCAUUGCUAACCAUAGUUGUUAAAACAGGAAGACAAAAGUCUGCUGCAAAUUAGGAUUACUCAUAAGAAUCUCAAUAUACUUGUAUUUUGCAUUGCAUUGUAUCAUUUAACAAUUAUUGUUACUGAACUAGAUCAAUGAAAUACUUGAAUCUGUGAGUCAUAGGUUCAAAAGUGCA